AUGGUGGAUGCCGGUGUUAAAGAGUGUAAUAACACCAUAAAUGGGAGGAACCAAUUUGUGUUUUUAGUUUUUGUUCAUUUAUUGCUGAUCGGACUAAAUGGAACUAAUGCACAAAAUCGAGCUCCACGAAUCAAAGAACAUCCUUCAAACACAGUCUCCGGACGAAGCGAACCCGCAACAUUAAGAUGCGUUGUGGAAGGUCGACCAAAACCUUCCGUGCAGUGGUUCAAGGACGGAUCUCCUUUGCCCCCGGCUGAAGAUGGACAUAGGGUCUUACUGGAAGAUGGAUUACUGUUUCUAAGGGUAAAUCGAGGGAAGAAAGAGAGUGAUGAGGGGAUUUAUUGGUGUGUGGCUCGCAAUAUAGCCGGGGAGGCUGUAAGUCAGAACGCUUCAUUAAAUGUUGCCGUUUUACGCGAUGACUUCAGAGUAGAGCCACGGGAUGUUCAGGUGGCUGCAGGAGAACCUGCUUUGUUAGAAUGUGUUCCUCCUCGGGGCGUUCCGGAUCCUUCAGUGCAUUGGUUAAAAGAUGGCGAAGCGUAUGACGUUGAAGUUAACGGAAGGGUAACCGUCACGGAGACUGGAAGUUUGAAAAUACUUGAAACCCUACCAAAUGACAGUGGACUGUUUAGAUGUGUCGCUUCGAAUAUUGCUGGGGAGAGACAAUCGCGAGCGGCCGCGUUAAUUGUUUUGAGGAGACCGCACUUUGUAAUAAAACCUAGCAACAUUACAGCCUUAGUUGGCCAGAACGUAGAAUUCAAUUGUCAGAGUUACGAUGCGAGCGUAAAAAUAACAUGGGUGAAGGAAGAUGGUGGGUUGCCUUCACAUGCAACAAUAAUCCGGGGACUAUUACGGUUGGAACAGGUGUCCGCAUCCGAUGCGGGUAUCUAUUCCUGCCGAGCCGAUAGCCAUGCCGGCACGAGUAUAGCCAGCGCAUCUCUAACCGUAUACUCUUUACCGCACUUCACGCAGAUACCAUCCAAUUUGACCGCAUGGGAGGGUGAUGUGGUAUCUAUUCCAUGUGAAGCAAAAGGCUUACCAACGCCGACUACUUUCUGGAUUUUAGAAAGUACAGAGGAUUCCCUUCUAUUUCCUGAAUGCACAAGAAGUAAUUCAAGUUUAUUAUAUUUGGAUGGAGCAAAAGUAGAACACGGCGGAAGGGUUAUCUGUGUAGCCGUAAAUGCCGCUGGCAGUGUUAUGCAAGAAGCUUAUCUAAAUGUGUUAAAGAAAACCAAUAAUCCAUUGAAAGUACAUCUCAGUGACGAAAACUUUGGUCAUAAUUACGAACACGAGGUUCGUAUGACAGAAUACGAGUUCCUCCAAGCGAGGAAGUAUUUACAACAAAAUGUUUUAGUCCUAAGAAGGGUGGAAACUUUGUCGUCGACUUCACUUAAAGUUGUAUGGGACGUAUUAACUGAUUAUAACGAAUAUUUGGAAGGAGUUAAAAUUUGGUACAACGGUACAUCUAUGAAUUGGCGCAAUAGUACUGAGGAAGUCACAGUUUUUAAUACGUCACAAGUGGAAUCGUGCUCUAAUGGAUCCCUGACAAUUGUUGAUAACAGUGGGUCAUCGAGUUACGUUUUAUCUGGGUUGUUGGCGUACAUGCAGUACGAUAUAUUCCUUAUGCCUUUUUAUAAAAUGUUGUUGGGAAAACCGUCAAAUUCUAUGAUGGGCUACACUGACGAGGAUGUGCCAUCUGUUCCACCCCAAAGUGUAACAGCGGGUGUAAUUAACGCAACCUCUGCCUGGAUACGAUGGGAACCACCACCUGCAAAUACGUGGAAUGGAGAACUUACUGGAUACUUGAUCGAGAUCCGCGUGGGCAGCGGCAGCAGCGGUCGCGUGGUGGGCCAGAUGUCGCUGGGCGCGCGCACCCGCGCCGCGGCCGCGAGCUCGCUGCGCGCGGGCGGCCGCUACAGCGCGCGCGCCGCCGCCGCCACGCGCCGCGGCCGCGGGCCCUUCAGCGCGCCCGCCGCCAUACACAUGGCGCCCACGCACUCGCAGCGGCAUUACGUGCAGACUGAACCACCAAAUGAUGGGACUAUUCCGCAUUUAUUACAAGAGACAUGGUUACUCGCGUUAGCCCUAACUCUGUUCUCCGUCAUUGUAAUUGGUAUAGUUUGUAUCUAUUACAUAAAGCGUCGUAACAACAUACAGAGAAAAAAGUCAACUGGUCAAUCUAUUGUAACGGCGCAGCAGUGUCUAUUGAAUAAAGACACGAUCUGGCUCAGAGAUCGGCCGGUGUUCGCGCCUCCUGACUCUACGUUAGAAAUUAGUGGAUGUCAUCAAAGUCUUUUACAAGGCGGCCAGUCACCUAACAUUUUGAAUAUUGAGCCAGAAUAUUGUCUACCGCAGAAUUCUAUCCAGGGCAUGGAUGCUUCGAGUGUAGACCGAAUAAAAAGGGGGCCACCGGAACCUUACGCUUCCAGUGCUAUUUACACUGAACUCAAUUUCAAGGACAAUGCAGACAUCGGAGAUGCCCGAAGUUGUCCAGAAAGACGAUCACACAACAAUAGCAUUGUUAGAUCGUGUAACGGUAGCAUUCAAUAUUCCAAUGGCGAAUGUUCGACUUGUUGCCAUAGCACUUCUAGUAGAUCAACGAAAGAUUACAGGGAAUUAAGACACGAGAAUGUCCAUAAUGAUGUCAACGUGGUCGAAGACGAUUGCGCGUCUUGUCAUACGAACCGAUCGGGAUCGAGGAGUAGACAAGAUAAGAGCAAAGUGUGUCCCACGAGUGAUUUAGAAUAUGAUUACCCGCAAUGGCAUUGGUUGGGAAGAGAGAAUAGUUUCAAAAUUCCAAUUCAGACCGGCAGACAUUCGAACGCGGCGCGGUCCGAGCAGGGCUGUCAAAUAAAUCUGAAUGAUAUAUUACCCCCACCGCCGUAUGAGAGUCCCGAAAACAAGAGUCAGAUUAAAUGA